AUGGCCGCCCGCUCGGCCCACAUUCGCGUAUGCGAUCGACGGGGAAAGCCGAGGAUCUCCGAAGAGCCGAGCGGCAGGUUGCUUGUCAACAACGCCAUUCACUGCAGCAGAGAUCAUCAGACUUCACAAGGAGCAACUCACCUUAGAACGCCAACCGAGUACCGGAUCGAAGUCGCUCCUUUGGACGUCAGCGAAGAAAUCGUCAUCACACAAGAUAAUCACAUCUACUGUAACAUUUAUCCAAGAGGACCCUCAUCACAGGUAGACAAGAUGCUUCACUGUUUCCAGUUCAUGGUGGAGCCUGUGAAGAACAUGGCCAGCAAAAUAAAGGCAUUGAACGUGAAAGCAAAGAAGAAGCCAGAAGCCUUGGAAGAUGAGCAGCAAUUUGUUGUGGAACUGGCUAAAGACCUGGGUCGUGUGUGCCAGGGUUCAUCUGUCCUGGAGCACAUCUGGAAGCAGGAUGACGUCUGGUCAACUUCUCUCUGCAGGGCCUUCAUUCUGGAAUGGGCUUCUUUGUUGGAGAGCAAGAAGAGGCCCAUGCAGACCGACGGCUGGCCUGAAACGACCGGCAACAAGCAGUGUGACCUGACUGACCGGCUGGAGGUGCAGAAGGCCAAGUUAGCCCUCCUUGAUUGGAUGAAAGACUGGCAAACUCAGCCUGAUCAAAGCGUUUGGCCUGGCAAAUGUGUGGCAAAGGUUCUGGAAGACUUGAGGUCUGCUUGGCGUUGGGGCCACGUUCCAAAUCUGCUGAACGCCAUGGAGCUGGUGUUGUGGGCUCUACUGCUGGAGGAUCCAGAUCAGAAUAGCAUACCACAGCAGUGGUUGGUGUGGAAGCAGAAGACAGAUUUUGGUGCUAUAUCCUACAUUCCUCAGCCAGUGUGGGACUGGAUCACAAAGGCUGCAGUGGAGGUGACUCUGAACAAAGAUACGGCCAACCCCGACCUUCUCAUCUCCGGGGAUGACAAGAAGAUGCGCUGCGGCUUUGAGAGGCAAGAUAUUCCCAACUACCACCAGCGCUUUGACGCCUGGUGGUGUGCCGUUGCCGUGGAGGGCUUCCAAGCAGGUCGCCGCUACUGGGAGGUGGAGCUAGGUGAGCGAGAUUGGCGGCUGGGCGUGGCCAAAGAGUCUGCCCUGAGGAAAGGGUUCAAAUCCCUCAACAGCGGUACAGGUUACUUCACCCUCCGUUUGGAGAGGGGCACUGAGCUUAAAGCGCUCACGGUGCCCUUCACUGCCCUGCCGUCGGGCCUCAUCCCCCACAAAGUGGGGGUCUACCUUGAUUACGACGCUGGCCAGCUGUCCUUCUACGACGUGGACAAGCAUGUCCACAUUUAUACCUACAACGAGCGCUUCCGUGAGAAGCUCUUCCCGCUGUUUGGCACAGUGGAGCUCACCAAUGAUCUGGUGAUAAGGACCCCUGAAGUCAACGCUCAGUGUCUCUGUGCGACAUCCUGCCUUUGGGGUUGAGGAACUUGGCAACUCUUCUUCAAAAUCUCCAUUACAUAGCAUAAUAGUGUAAGUCAUGAAUAUGCGCUUAUGCAAAUAUAAUAAUCACACCCUGCUUUCAAACAGCUUCACGGUGUAUGGUAUGCUAUUUAUUUGUUUCAGACGUACUUAGUUACAUUAAGGAACAUCACGUGGUAAUAUUUGCACAACUGAACAUGAAUGAAAAGGAGUAGGAAGAAGCAUACACUCCCCUGCCGCUACUCCUCUUUCCAAAAUAAAACCCUCUGCUCAUACAGUAUACUCCAUGUAUUUUCAGGUGUUUGAAAGGAGGCCAUAGUAUCUAUAAUGUACCGUCUAAUAUCAACUGUGAAUAAAAUAAAUCAAUGGUG